GAAAAAUUCAAUUUAACAAAUCAUGAGGAUCGAUCGAUAAAAGAAAUGGAGGAAAAGGAAAAAAAUUCAGGCGUACGCCUCACGAAUUCCGCGAUGUUGUGUGUAGAGAAAAGUAACCUCUCUCUCUCUCUGUGUCUCUCUCUAGACACCGAAGUCUAAUGGGUCGUUAGAGGAAGAAUUUUGAUUUCGUUAGGAGUCGUGGGAGCAAAAAGCGGAGGUGGGGUGAGAGAGUCGGAGUUCCUUAGAUCCGAUUUCUCUCUCCGUUGCGUGCGAGAAAUCCUACCCUUUGCUUCUUCAACCGUCAAUCCCCCUCUUCUAACAGUAGAAAAAGCCAUUCUUCCCUCUGCCCUCCUCCUGUCUUUCUGAAGGAAAGCAAUGCCCAUUCCUUUUCCUUUUUUGUUCAGGCCUUGAACGUGAGACCAGUUAGAAUGAUCCUUUCAGGAUUGCUUGGUCCUUGCCAUAGACUACAGAUAAUGCUGAAGAGGAAUUUGUCGCCCGCAACAAUGGGCUUUUGGUCAGAGAACUUCAACCAAUUGAACAGUUUAAGCUUUAGUUUUCACCGAUUUGGUACAUCCAGGGCUACUGGAGAAUUGCCAAUUGUGGGUCAUCAGAGGCUGCCGUACGUUUCAGCAAAAGCUGAAAGGAAUAGUCCAGAGGUGCAGAGAGACAAAUGUUUCGACAUUAAACUUGAUCUUGUUAGUGGGAGAGCUCAGAUUAUUGAAAAGCCCUCUACCAAGACCGUACAACUACCUGGAGUAAAAGAUUUUCUUAGUUCUGAUGUGAAGAAAGACACUGCUGGUAGCAGAUAUCUGGAGCGACUUGCAACAAUUUUUGUCUUUGAUAUUGAAACUACUGGAUUCGGCAGAGACUCACACAGGAUCAUUGAGUUUGCACUUAGAGAUCUUCUUGGAGGCCCCAACAGUACAUUUCAGACCCUUGUCAAUCCUGAGAGAUAUGUUCCAAAUACAAAUAUUCAUGGUAUCAGCAACUAUAUGGUUAGAAGACCUGGUGUUCCAAGGUGGAAAGAUCUAAUUCCUAUUUUAAUCCAAUAUGUAAAUUCACGACAGAAGCCGGGUAGGCCAGUCCUAUGGAUUGCGCACAAUGGUCGCCGUUUUGAUGUCCCCUUUAUGCUUAAAGAAUUUGAUCGCUGUUCAAUAGAAAUUCCUUCAGAUUGGCUUUUCCUGGACACCCUUUACCUUGCUCGUGAAUUGGUGAAACCUGAUGGAUCAAAGCUAAAAUCCAUGUCAUUGGAGGCCCUUCGUAUGCACUAUGAUGUUCCACAAUUGGGGAACGCUCACAGGGCAAUGUCUGAUGUAGAUACACUGUCCUCGGUGCUUCAGAGGUUGACACAUGAUCUGAAACUGCCAGUCUCGGGUCUUCUUGAUAGGUCUUUUAAAGCUUCAGAUUUAACUUACUAAUCCAUGUAACUUAUGACAUCUCUAUGGUGGUGUAUGUGCCUUCUCAUUGAUUUGUAACAGCAGUUUCAUUCUUUUAGGAGGAAAAUUGACCUCUCUAAUGAUAAAGAGUUCAUUUGUUAUACCCAGCACCUCCAUCACUGUGUCCAACUUGUGUUCAAGAAGGCCAACCACUUACCAUUCAGAUGAUGUAUCGCUGGCAUGUCCAGAAUAUUGUAGUUUGAAUAAAUAUGACACCUUGGCACACUGAAAA